AUGCCUCGUGACGAAGACGGGCUAUUAGGGGCUGGCCUGGUUUGGCGGGAGGAAAGGGGCGAGUUCGAAAGGAACGGACGGCCCAUUGAACACAUUUGGAGCAUGCAGUCAUCCACCCCGGCGAUACCCACCGCCAGAUCGGCAACUUGCACAGCCAACGCCUCGGCACUCCUCUCAAUCCAAGUCGGCAUCCAAUCCUUUCUUAAACCCUCCAACCUCCCCGCCCUCGCCCUCCUCCUCUCUCCCAUGUCAUUCUCUCACAUCAUCUCUCCCGUCCCCUGUCUUCCCCGUCGUUCCCCCUCGCAGUCUUCCCUGCCCCAGGCGCCCCAGUUUCAGUCACAUUUGGCCCUGGAGCAAUGGACGCUCGAUCUAAAUUGCGACGGCAUGCACACCUUCCAACCGCAGCAAAAUCUGGGUUUCGACACCCACUCUACAGGUUUUCAUCAGUUCUACUCGGCCCUCAACCAUUUCCAACCGCAUUCUCACACCGAAAUACCUAUCGCCAUCCCUGACCCUUUGAUUCAUCAUUCCCCACAACUCGCUCACGCCCCCUUACCGAAUAAUAGUGUCGUUGAUGCCCCUGGCGUAUCCGGAUCGCUCGAUCCUUCCACUGGUCUCUUCUCGCGCACUGCCGAACACUCCCGCAUCCGUACAGCGCAAGCGUGUGAGAAGUGUCGCUCGCGCAAGGCGAAGUGCUCCGGCGAGCAUCCCGUCUGUCGACGCUGCUUCAGCCGUGGCCUCGUCUGCGAGUACGCUCCAGAGCGGAGGAUGCGCGGGCCGAACAAACCCAAAGUGCCUGGUGCGCUUCCCGCCUCGAACAAGCGUCCCUCUAGCAGUGGCUCCCCGAAAUCACAAGAUGCUGAACAACCCGCGAGAAAGCGCGCGAUGACUCUUCCCUCCCGCUCUGCACCAGAGUGUAAUCCCAAAGCGCCACAGCCUUCGAAGUCGCCGAUGAUCGAUACCCCUAUCGCUGAAUUGCACCGAACUCCUAUCGCCUGCGAGCAGCAGGAUGAUCCUCGCACCGAAUAUCUCCCUGAAAUCCGUGAUCCUGUAUCUUUCAGCGGUGACCUGGACGGCGUCGCGCAGGUGGUGGACCAUGGGUCUCGAGUGGGAAUGCAGAGGCGUACCCGCCCUCCGCCGCUAGAUCUGUCCAUGUUCAAUGCCUUCGGACAGACUUCCCUGCAUCCACAGGCACCCAUACAGCCUCUCAACUCUUAUCACGUACUUGACGACCAGCAGUGGAGAUUGGGUCGCAACCAUGUUGGCUUCAUGGGUGUGGAUUCGACGAGCAUAUAUCACAACGAGGUUAUGCACAGGCAAAAUUAUCCGCCUCUGCACAACGGUAGGGCUCGCGCAUUUUCUGAAGCGAUGCACAUGCCAUUGCCUGUCUCGAUGGAAACCCCCUUGCCGCCUUUCUCUAAUGAAGGCGUGCCACUCGAUAUCCCAUCAGCUAGCUCCGAGUCCUUCCCCCCCUCCCCGAUGUCAACUCAUCCAUCAUCCGUCUACCAAACUUUGUUAGAUCACACGAGAUCGGGUUCGAGCGGCACCUCGAACAGAUCGGAUCCCUCACCUGUUACGCCGUCUGGUCUAUUGGACGGCUUUCCAGUUUCAGUGCUUGCAUACCCAGGCGAACACGAGAUCAUGCACUCUAUGGACUUCCAGCCGACGACGACGCACAGCACUGAGACAAGCACUUUUGUGGAUUUCGCUCACGCGGAUAAUGGGUUGGAGAGGUCGUUUGAAAAGUUUCUAGGUAUCUCGGACAUGGAUUUUAAGGACGGGCGCGUCUUUGGCUCGUAG